UAAAACGUCAGAAUAAAACCGUUUUCUGAACAGUUAUUAUUUAAACAUAGUUGGUUUCAGAUUAAACUUAUUUAGUGAUAAUAAUUUAAAAAUGGAUCCAAAUGACAACGUUAGUUCAGAUAAAACAUCUACUCAACUUGACCAACAUUUGCAAUUAAAUCGAAAAGAAAAUAUUCAAAUGAAGGAGGUAUUUGAAAAGUUGAAUACAUUUAACAAACUACUGAAAUGUGAAAUCAACAGCAAAGAAAAUUUAGCAGAAAAAGCUGAACAAUGUAACAGUACAUGUAAACAUCCAACAAGCCUCCCAUUAUCACUGGCACAUAAAUUAUGGAUUCAACAUAACUAUGUUUCAAAAAUUAUAAUCUGUAGUAAAUUUUAUGUGGCCCUUAAUGAAAGUCUCAUCAAAUAUACACAAUUUUUUAAAAUAAAAUUGGAACUACCAGAGGACAUAUUAUUAGAAAUAACAGAAGUGUCCAAAAGUGAAUUAAUCCCAUAUACAGAAAAGAUAAGAAGUUAUGAGAUUGAAUUGUUAAAAUUUGAAAAAAAAUAUCCAUGGCUAACGAAUCAGGACCUAACUUUACCAGAUAUUUCUAAAGAAAUUAAUGUAUUAAGAAAUCAAAGGUCUGAAAACCUCCAUUUGAUAAAAGAAUUGGAAGUACAGGUUAUUAAACCAGAUUUGCAUGAGGCUACUGAACAACUAAAUGAAAUAGAUCAACUGUUUUUCAAACUAAACCUCAUAAAUAAUUUAUAUUUUAUUUUAUACAGUAUAUAAAUAUUUUGAGUUUUGUUAAAAAAGUAAUCAUAUAUAUUUUUUUAAAAUUACUGUUAUUA